CAAACUGCGACAACUGGACAGUUUGAGUCGUCGACCAACAUCUUCAAGCCACACCACCACAAUGACGAAAAUCAACUCAGGUCUGGCUUCAUCGAGGCGCAAGUCUCGCAAAGCACACUUCGGUGCCCCAUCCAGCGUCCGACGAACAAUCCUCAGUGCCCCUUUGAGCAAGGAACUGCGAGAAAAGCACAAUGUCCGCAGCAUCCCCAUCCGAAAAGACGACGAAGUCACCAUCGUGCGAGGAGCCAACAAGGGCCGUGAGGGCAAGGUCACAUCCGUCUACCGAUUGAAGUUCCUCGUCCAAAUCGAGCGAGUCUCCCGCGAGAAGUCCAACGGUCAAUCCGUCCCCCUCGGUAUCCACCCCAGCAAGGUCGUUGUGACCAAGCUCAAGAUCGACAAGGAUCGGGAAAAGAUCCUCGAGAGAAUUGGAAAGGGCCGUGAAGCCGUCAAGGCCAAGUCAUCUUGAAAAGGCUGAGGAUGGUCGAAACGUUCUGUUCUGUGUUCAGAGAGUGAGAGAGUGAGGAAAGGCUUACUUUUGAUCCCGACAAAAAAAAGCGAGGCGAUGAUUGACAGCAUUUUCCAAACGGGUUUUUGCGACCACUGGGGGUUUUCCACGGAAAGAUGACAUACAAUGGCGAUGGUUGAUAGAGCAACGCCAAACAUACCCGACGUUUGCACCUCGAUCUUGCCUCCCAAUGAAACAAGAACAUUUCACAACA